UUCUUUCAUCAGCAGCAACAGUUCGUCAGCCACUUCGGUAGCUUGCUAGACAAAAUAGCUGAGCCAAUAUAGCUCUUUAAACGCUUUAGUGUAUAUUAGCCACUGUGUUUUAAACCCACUUCUGUCGUCUAGUUAGUUAUCCGAUUUAAUUUCAUAUUUACGGUGUUGGUAUUAGUCAGCUAGCGGUCUGGUUAAGUUAGCAUUAGCCUAGCUAGCUAACAUCUCCGACCAUGAGGUUACUAAGCUACUCUACUUCUGCUAAAGAAGAGGUGGAUAUCACAGUAAAACAAGAAGUAGAGGGCGAGGCCGUUACUGUGAAAGAAGAGGAAGACACGUUCAGAUUGAAAGAGGAGGAGGAUGUUACAGUAAAAGGAGAGGAGGAUGCAGUUUAUGGAGUGAAAGAGGAGGAGGAGAUUACUGUUACAUCGAAAAAGGAGGAGGGAGAAGAGGAGGAACCUGGAUAUCUGGGCCCGGUUUCCCAAACACAUCUUAUUAAGGCAUCCAAUGGUUCUAACAAUGAAUUUAGCCAUAAGAUGGUUUUGAGAAACCGUUCCCUGAUUAACACUAGUGAGAGACGGGACAAUCGUGGAUCCUCUUUGGAGCCUCAACAACAUCAUGAUGGUGAAGAGGCAGAGAAGAGUCUCUCCACAUCAGAACAUAAGAAACACCAGCAGAGACCCACAGGGAAGAAAUCUAACUGCUGCUCUGACUGUGGGAAAAUAUUAAACUCUUCAGUAGAACUUCAAAUACACCAGAGAACCCACAAAGGAGAGAAAUCUUAUAGCUGUGAUCAAUGUGGGAAGAGUUUUACCACAUCUGGCUCUCUGACUUUACACCAGAGAAUACACACAGGAGAGAAAUCUUAUAGCUGUGAUCAAUGUGGGAAGAGUUUUGGUCAAUCCAUCAAUCUGAAAAUGCACCAGAGAAGACACACAGGAGAGAAACCUUAUAGCUGUGAUCAAUGUGGGAAGAGUUUUACUACAUCUAGCCAGCUGACUAUACACCAGAGAACACACACAGGAGAGAAACCUUAUAGCUGUGGUCAAUGUGGGAAGAGUUUUGGUCAAUCUAGCCAGUUGAUAUUACACAGGAGAACACACACAGGAGAGAAACCUUAUGGCUGUGGUCAGUGUGGGAAGAGUUUUUGUCAAUCUAGCCAUCUGAAAGUGCACCAGAGAAGACACACAGGAGAGAAACCCUAUAGUUGUGGUCAAUGUGGGAAGAGUUUUGGUCAAUCUGGGCAGCUGACUGUACACCAGAGAAUACACACAGGAGAGAAAUCUUACAGUUGUGAUCAAUGUGGGAAAAGUUUUCCUACAUCUGGCUGUCUGACUUUACACCGGAGAACACACACAGGAGAGAAACCUUAUAGCUGUGGUCAAUGUGGGAAGAGAUACUCUAGUAAAAGAUCUCUGAUCAAACAUCAGAAAAUACAUACAUGAAGGAGUUGUUUCAUGAUAUCAAUGAAAUAAUGUCACAAUGUAGAUUAUUUUAACAUUAUAGUAGGAGUAUUUUAAUGAAUGUCAAUGUAGAACUCUAAAUGUUUGCCCCCUGUUCAAUUGAUUUUAGCCUCAUGGAAACAAUCUAGGCUCUGAAUUGAAAGAGUAUUUGUAUGUAUGUGAUUGAACAAAAAGUGACUAACAGCAAAGAGUUGUGUUACACUUACCACAUUUGUGACCCACUGGAAUCAAAAUGCAACACUUCAAAAUGUAUCUAGUAGUUUACCACGUUGGUGACCCACUGGAAUCACAAUGAAACACUCCAAAAUGUUUAGGUUUUCAAUAUAUCCCAAACUGUUUCUGCAUAUUGGUUAUUGAUUUGGACACGUUAAAACUGUGUUUUGACAUUGCACUAUUCCCAUUUAGCAAAAUGUCAUUGAAAAGACGUUGAAAAUCAGGCUAUAACCAAAGUCCAAUAUAUGUUUGGUUGUAGUUGAAAGUGAAAGUUGAAAAGAUGUCUUUUCGGGUCGUUUUUUCAAUGACUUGAAAACAGCUUAAUUUCAACGUACUUGCAGUUCAUACACAUAUAAUCAAUUUUAUGAACAAUCUAACAUCACUCCAGUAUUUCUUGACAACAUUCAAGUGCUAAUUGUCUUUAUUCCACUACUGAAGAAGCAUGACUCAAAUCACCUCAUAUUUCAAACAUCCAGCAUGACAAAAGAUACAUGUUUUAUUAUUCCAUGCCUCCCCAUUAAGUUAAUUAUUGCCACUACAUAUUAACAAAGGGGCGUACAUUUGGUUUAUUCAUAUUUACAAUGAAGUAACAUUUAGUAAUCAUAGUUAUUCAUGCAAUCAACUUGACAUUUUUGGGUACAAUUAUAUUGACAUUGUUACCCUGCUUUUAUAUCCAACAACAUGCCUAUCGAGUGAACCCUGAAAAGAGAGAGAAGUAGAGAGAGAGGAGUUUCCUCUUGAAAUCAGACAUGUCUGUGUUGAGGACAACUUGGUUGCUGAUUGUCUCAAGGGUGGGCAGUUAAAAAUAUUUGUGUUUUGCGUUUAGCCAGUGCGUUACCAUGGAUCACAAUUUAUUUUGACUGCAUGCUUUUCCGUAUUGGAUAUUGGAGUUUUGUUUGGGCUCUUUCCAAGGGGACGAGAGUUCUAGAAGCUAGUGAGUUUUAGGAUUCUAUAGAAAGAAAAAGGAGAAGAAAAUAAUACGAUUUUUUAUUAUUAUUUAGAAAUGUGUUUUUAAUUGUUGACGGCUAGUAGACACCAUGUUUAUAUUGUAGAAGUUGAAGCCUUGUAGUUGAUUUAAUAUUUGACAAGUAUUGUAAAAAUGUAACCAAUUACAGAAUUAAAUGUAUGUGAAGACACCAUGUUUAUAUUGUAGAUGAUUAUGUGAAAUGGAAGUUGUCGAGAUACUCUGAAUGAUCGACUAUGAAAAGCCAACUGACAUUUACUCCUGGGGUGCUGACCUGUUACACCACUGUGA